CUCAGGUCUGCAUUUCAACAGUUCAGUGGCGUACCAACUGACCUUGGCUCACCAGUGCUCAUCACAGAUUUCACGAGCAUUCAAAUCUGUUAGGUACUCACAAGGAAAGCCACGAUGACAAUGAUGAUGAGGAUGUCGGUGAUGAUGAUUAUGAUGAUCAGGGCGAGAAGGGGGAGGAGGAGGAGGGAAGUAAGCCGCUGUGAAAGUGGACUAUUUGGUAUUUCGCAGUGGCUGCUCGCUGUCACAGCAUUGGCCACAUGGCACAUUGAAGGCACCAACUUGAAGUGGGGCUUCAUUACCAUCCUUGCUGCUCCCUCCUCCUCCUCCUCCUCCUCCUCCCCCUCCCCCUCCCGCAUAACGAUUUCGUCCUCUUAUCAGCCUUCAUCCUCUUCGUCCUCAGCAUUGGAGGAAGGUAGGGGCAGUGGCACUCCCAUGACUCACAUCUUCUCCUCGAAGAUUCAGGAAGAUGAUGAUCAUCUGCAUCGUUACUCUCCGGAGUCUCCGCACAAUCCGUCGGACAAGGAUCAGUACGUGGGUCAGCAUCCUCAUCGAGCAGAUAUGGCAGAGUUGCAGCGGCAACUGCUGCAACUCGCUACCAGUAACGAAAGUGUACCUGGUAAUCAGUCUCAUGACCUUUAUCCCUGGCCUGAGGAGUUGGCACGUGAAAUCUUUGAUGAGAAUCUGUUGAGCGUGCCUCGAGGAGAUCCGAUAAGCUUUGAAAACGCUGUCACAAGCGAUGCACACUUCAGUGCAACGAGCCUGCCAGACUCCGAUGUGUGCGCCCUCUCCUUCUCACCUGCGGACCGGUCGUUGUUUUUCUCCAUGAACCUUGGGUUAUGGAAGUUCGACCUGAACUAUGGUAAUGCUUCGCUAGUAGCGGGUCGUUGGCUCCCUCCUGUGCUCCCGGCGUCGGCUACCAUAGCCUUCGCGAUACUUGAAUCACAGAACACAGCAUCCUUGAAUAGGAUUGCGAUUGUGGCGGAACCCUUCAACCUCUCUCUGCAUGCCUACAAUGUAGACGACAGUUCGGUUCCUCCUCCAUUCUCAGCUGUACGUUACAUUCCAGCUGCUGGCGAUAAGAUUUCAGCAAUCGGACGGGUGAGGACGGCCUCUGGAGCCGUGGAGAUACUUGCCAAAACAGGCUCGCCCGAAGGUGGGGAUUUUAUUGAGCCCGUAGGGAUCGCUUUAACGUCGGACGGAUGCCAUUUAUUUGUCUCGGAGAUUGGCGGACGACUGCACCUUGUCUCGUUGGCAUACAGAGGUGGCCCUGUUGUCUCAGUUCGAACCAUGGCCAGGUCACGUCGUCCAGACGGGACAGGCAGUCGCUCUAUGAGCGUCUUGGCCCUUUCGCCCGACGACGAGUUCCUUUAUGUUGGAAGAGAUGGCUACCAGAUUUGGGAGCUUGCAAUCAAUAAAUCGGCCCUGCCUCCUUGUGAGUCUCCGCCUCCUCUUUCAAAUCCUCCUUCAGCUCCUCCGUCUCAGUCUUAUCCCUGGCCUGAGGAGUUGGCGCGUGAAAUCCUUGAUGAGAAUCUGUUGAGCGUGCCUCGAGGUGGUCCGAUUAGCUUUGAAAACGCUGUCACAAGCGAUGAACACUUUAGUGCAAGGAGCCUGCCAGACUCCGACAAUAGGAUUGCGAUGGUGGCGGAACCCUUCAACCUCUCUCUGCAUGCCUACAGUGUAGACGACAGUUCGGUUCCUCCUCCAUUCUCAGCUGUACGUUACAUCCCAGCCUCUGGCGAUAGCCGAUUACUCAGUUUGGCUUGUGACUCGAACCGUCGCAUCUUGUACGCAUCGACAGGCAAUGUGAUAUACCGCAUGAACCUUUCAGUGAGCGAUGGCUGGAAUGUCGUGCCAGUGCUUGAGAGGUGGAUAGGUCCUGAUCCGAGUUUAGUUGCUCUUCCAGAUAGCAGCAGUAUUCCUAGGGCAAAGAGAUUCCCAGAUCCCUGGCUCAGCUCGUCCGCCCUAUCUUCUGAUGGAGAGCUAUUGUACGUGGCCUUUGCCAGGAUUUCAGCGAUCGGACGGGUGAGAACGGCCUCUGGAGCCGUGGAGAUACUUGCCAAAACAGGCUCGCCAGAAGGUGCAGAUUUUAUUGAGCCCAUAGGGAUCGGCUUAACGUCGGAUGGAGGCCAUUUAUUUGUCUCAGAGAUUGGCGGACGACUGCACCUUGUGUCGUUGGCAUACAGUGGUGGCCCUGUCGUCUCAGUUCGAACCGUGGCCAGGUCACAUCGUGCAGACGGAAGAGGCAGUCGCUCAAUGAGGGUUUUGGCCCUCUCGCCUGACGACGAGUCGCUUUACAUAGGGAGAGAUGUCUACCAGAUUUGGGAGCUUGCAAUCAAUAAAUCGUCCAACCCUGCAAAUCGCACUGCUUGCGAUCCCGGUUCUGGCAGCAUGAACAACGAGGCAAGAGCUCGGGAUUUCCAAAUGCCCUUGAACCCGUCGCACAACCCAGGAGCUCCGGACUGCCAAAUGCCUUGGAACCUGUACCGCAACCCAGGACCUCGGGGGGAGUGCAAAAUGCCAAGGCACCUGUACCACAACCCAGAAGCUCGGGACUGCCAAAUGCCCUGGAACCUGUUUCACCCUGGAAUCAGUUUCACUGAGGAUCUACUUUGGAUGCGGCAGUCGGAAAGGUCAGCAGCAGCAUUCGACUGGAAAAGUGGCGCAGCUGUGGUACAACUUACCCUGGUAAAACUGUACUCAUUACUAGAGAUCCGAGAAGUGUGUAAUGGCUUAAGCGCAGCAGAAAUGGUGAGUAGGGGGGGGAAGGCAGCUGACCUGUACAGGGGACAGCUCGGCAGUCAUGGGCAGUGGGCAAGUUGUAGCCGUCAAGAUGAUGAAGGGCCACAAUGACUUCUCCGAGGCCAAGUUCCGGCACUUCUGAACGGAGCUCGCCGUGCUUCGCCAAAGUCAGCUCUGCAGCUCGAUUGGCUACUGUGCAGGCAGAGGGGUGGGGAGUCCUUGAUCAUCUACUCCCCUGUCUGCGGGGGGAUGGACGCUUUACAAUCGGUCGCACUGGUGACCAACCAUUCCCACAGGCGCCACUCCUGAGCAUGGCCUCAUCAAUGAAGAAGUGGGCGGUCGAUUGUCUGGACAACACCCGAUGACCCGGGCAAUGAGGGGGCUGUCGCCAAUGAACAUCUCGAGCAUUG